AUGGCACAAUAUAGACACAACGAUAUCGACGCGACGGUCGUAAACGAUGCUGUCACCUCAUCUAUAAGUCACAAAGGCAAAGAGAAGGCUGAUAUUCUCGAUGAGAACGCCUAUCGACGUAGUACCAAGAUUGGUGGAAAUAAUACUACACCGACGUUUGUUCAUUCAGAAGACUAUUUUGCGACUAAGCGACCGUUCUGUGUUAGGAUAGGCGAAGAUGGCCUCAUCGGAGCACUCACGGAACUCGAUAAUCAGCUUCAAGCCUCCGGUCGACCUCGGUUACUCAGCCGCAAGAAGCCGACAGAGUGGUUGGGGUUUAUGGGCGAAGAAGUCAAUCCAGGAGAAAUUGGAGUUGUAAACCAUGCUGGACUACCCAAGAUACUUACACAGCCUGGAACUUACCCGCCCUUCCCGUUCCGCAAUUGGUGGGCACGGACUUGGAAAGGAACCCGAGGAGUGUCCGACACCACUCUGUUCUUCCAAGGUCUCACAGUCGUUCAGGUCUCUUUGAAUCAGGUUGCUGUCGUCUCGGACCCCCAGAAUCGCAUUUUCAUUGUGAGCGAGGGAGGGUUUGCUGCCUUUGCCGUUCAAGGAACCUACGAUGUGCUUGAAGUCGUCGACCAAACCCAUUUGACGAAACAUGUAAAAGACAAAGUGACUGGUGCAACCCUUGGUUGGAUGCAGGAAGUUACCAUGCCGUCCCAAAUUGGGGGCAACGCUUCCAAUUAUGCGGUAGCAGGAUUUUUGGAUAUACCUGCGAACAACGUCGCCGUACUCCAGCGCGGAGACGAAAUGGAGCAAGUCCCUGCCGGACAGCACUGUAUCACUAUCCCGAAUGUCAAGUUGCGCGGGCUGUUUACUUGUGGAGAAAACCAGAUUGAGAUGCCCACGAAGGAUAUUUACACUCGCGACCAAGUACCCGUCAGUUUGACUAUUUAUAUGAAGUGGCAACUUCUGGAGCCCCUGAAGCUUACUACUCAUGGCUACAAUAGCCCAUACGAAGCCCUCCGUGAUAAAGCUCAAUCAAUUCUUACACAGAUUGUCGCCCAUUUGGAUUAUUCAUCGAUGGUCAAGCAACGUACAGUUGGCUCCGAUCAUAUGGAGGAUCCAACGGACCCUUCUUCGCCCUUCUUGGACGCUCUUCGUACCCGCGCAAUGGACGAUUUGCAUAUCGCGGCUCUGGAGUACGGGAUCCUGCUCAAGGACCUUGCUGUUAUUGACCGCCAAUUCAAAGGCGAUAUCGCCUCCACUAUGGACAAGCUGACCACCCGCGCAUUGCAAGCUCAGGUUGAGGCUGCGAAUGUUGACAGGGAAAACUCCAACAAGGUUAAACAAGAACAAGGUGCUCUUCAAGUCGCACAGGUCAAGGCUCAAGCUCGAAAGACCGAAGCAGAAGCACUUGCUUACGCCACAACUACCGCUGCUAAAGCGGAAGCAGAAGCGGUUAUCAUUGCCGCAGAAGCACAAGCUGCGGCAAUCAAACUGCAGGCGAAAGCAGAGGCUGACGCGAUUGCUGCUCGAUCCAAUGCAGACUCACGUGUCGAAGACCCCUUUGCACGUGAGAUGGAGGUUCGUCGUGUGGACGUCGAGCGCGUAAAGGCGUUUGGUCCUCGAGCAGUGUUCGUGCCUUGUGAGACUGGUGGAGUUACCGGAAACCCUACGACCAAUGCCCUAAUGACCGGGAUGGCAAUGAGGCUUGGUCAUGAGGAAGGUGCCAAGCCUCCUGGGAACUAA